AUGUACCAGGCAGCUGUCUCCACGCGAGCAGACAACACCAUCCCCAGCGGGGUCAUGGAGGAGUCUGAGGUCUGUUCCCUGCCUGGGGGACUUGCCAGUGUGAGGAAACAAUUUCAGACUCAGGAAACAGCAACAUCACACAAUGUAACUCAGUUCCAUUUUCAUCAGAGAACUGUGCAGGAAAUGUCAAACUCAGAGGUGACAGUGUUGAGCAGCAGCAAGCAGGUCAUCCCAGGCAGUCAGCAGCUAAACUUCAACCAAGAAAUGAUGGUGUCAUACAGCGACAGUAACCUGGCAUCCAGUUAUGAAAACCAUCAAAAUGAAGCAGAGGAGUUUCCCAGGUACACUACAAAAGAACUGAGGGAUCGCUUUGAAAGAACAAUAGAAGAGGCUGCUCCACAGAAACCAGUAAAGAUUGGACGUGACAUCAAUCGAUCUAAGUGGUCCUCAAAUGUGACACAAAACAACACAGUGACUAGUGAGAUCUAUGAGGCACCAACUAUUGAAGCAACAGAAGUCACAACAGCCGCAGAGAUGGAUUAUGAGGACUUUCCACCCCCACCGGCUGACGAUUCUGAUUAUCUUCCACCCCCGCCCCCCGACUUACUACAAAUACCAUUAGACAGUCAAAAUAUUACAGUGAACCAUUACUCACCUGAGCCUCCAGAACCAGCAAACCUCUCCAAAUACCCAGUCAACAGAGAAGCUUACUUCAAGCAGAAGAGUAUGAAUGAGCUGAAACGUCUUUACAAGCACAUUCAUCCGGAGGUCCGCAGGAAUAUUGAGAAAGAGUACUGUAAUGACAACAAUGAAACUGAGAACAACCACUUAGACAGCCAAGAGUACAUGUAUGAGGAUGAUGGUGGUAGUCCCGAUGAGUUCAACGAUGAACAAUACGUGGAAUGGGAAGAGAUUCUCCCUGGGGAGGUGCAGGCAAUGCGUUGGAUGUUUGAAAAUAAGCCGCUGGACACCAUCAAAGAUGAAACUCCUGAUGAGGAUGACGACGACAAGAAAAUAAGUCAACAGGAAAUAAUUUUUGGAAAAGAUGUGAGACGCACAGCUUGGAUGUUUGAGACCAAGCCGAUGGAUGAGCUGGGUUCACAAAACACCAACUCGACAGAAUACAAAAACAAAUUCAACAAAGGAGAUGUCCGUGCUGCAGCAUGGUUGUUUGAAACCCAAGCUAUGGACACUCUAAACAAAAUGCAUAAGGAGGAGGAUUUAACAAAAGAGAUUGUGUUCACAGAAGAGGAUGGAAAUGCUACAAUUUAUAUGAUUGACAAUAAAUACAUGGAAAUCCUUGGGCACACUGAGACAAUUGACGAGAGUCACCUGCUGAGUCUAAGGGCAGUGUUAGAGGAAAUUGAUGGAGAAGUGAAAACUGUAACAAGUACUUUUGACACUCAGUUUAAAUGCAUCAUUAUGGGACAAUCAAGCCAAAUGCUGGAGAUUAAGUCUGUGCGCAAAAUUGAAACGGAAUUGGAAAACUCCAUUGCUUCACGUUGGCUUUUCGAUACCCAACCCCUGGACAUGACAAACAGAGAACCUACAGCUUUGAAACUUGUGUGUAGUCUUUCCAUGGAGGACAGCAAUAAAGGAGACUGGGGCAGGUGGUUGUUUGAGAUAAAGACAUUAAAUUCUCUUGAUGAGUGGGAAAGCUCACAGAUGGAGAAGAAAGAGAUCAUCGGAGCGGAUGUUCGCAAGCACUGCUUAGUUUUUGAAACACAGCCAAUGGAUUCUCUGAAGGAUGACUCCAAUGCCAGACCUCAGUCUAUUGAAGAAAUUAUUGGAGGCAAUGUUAGAUCUGCGAGACACUUUUUCGAAAGCAGCCCUCAAACAACCAGAAAGAAUUGCCCUGAGGUUGGAAAACUUAAAAAGGCAACAGUAAAUGAAGAAAUGAAAGGGGAUGUGAGACACCAAAAGUGGCGCUUUGAGAGUCAACCUCUAGAACACAUAAGAGAGGAGAAGAAAGAGGUUACACGAACUGUUAAUAUUGACGACGACCUCACACAGGAGGAUGGCACAAGCUGCAGAGCAGAUGUUCGUAAGAAUUGCUGGGUAUUUGAGACACAGCCAAUGGAUACUUUAAAAGAUGAUUCAAAUACUCCCCAGUUGACAAAAGAGGAAAUUGUUUCAGGUAAUGUGAGAUCAGCCAGAAAUUAUUUUGAAACAAUUCCAACCGAGGAGUUGAAAGAGCUUGCAGAGGUGGGCAAACUGAAAAAAACAGUAUCACUUAAUGAGGAAAAGGGUGAUGUAAGACAUCAGAAAUGGAGAUUUGAAAGCCAACCCCUGGAACAUAUUAGAGAAGAAAAGAAGGAAGUCAUUCGAACAAUAGACCUGGAAGAAAUUGAUAAAGUGGACGUCUCAAACUAUAAGCAAAUCUUUGAGAGCACAGAUAUAAACAGGAGGGAUGAAUCUCAAAAGAUUCUGAUAGAGGGUGUAAAAUCUGGCUCUGUGAAAUCAAAUAAAAACCUGUUUGAGUCUACUCCACUUUAUGCCAUGCAAGACAGCUCAGGCCACUUCCAUGAGGUGAGAACAGUGCGACGUGAGGAGGUUGUAAAAGGAGACGUAACAACCUGCAAGUGGAUGUUUGAAACACGACCAAUAGACCAGUUUGAUGAAAGCAUGAAUGAAUACCAAAUCAUCAAGGGUAUUUCCAAACAAGAAAUAGAAUCUGGUGAUGUUAAAACCGCAAAGUGGUUGUUUGAAACACAGCCUCUUGAUGCUAUUAAGUACUUCAGCAAUAUCGAAGAUGAAGAAAAUGUAGAGAUAAGUACAACUCAUGAUGUCAUGAAGGGUGAUGUGAAAACGUGUAAGUGGCUUUUUGAGACAAAGCCAAUGGACGUUCUGUAUGAAAGAGCAGAGUUGAGGGGUGACGAUGAAUCUGAAGAAACCCAUAAGGGAGACGUCAAAACCUGCACAUGGCUCUUUGAGACACAAGCGCUUGAUACUAUCCACGAUGAGACAGAGACCGUUCUGAAAACAUGCACAGUGAAUCAAGAGGACAUUAGAGGAAAGGAUGUAAGGAUGGCUUGUUUUCUCUUCGAGACUGAGAAACUGGAGAACCUCACAGGGGAGGAGACAGGCUCUUUCAAGUGUGUCACGGAGAUAGACAUUGCGUCUGGAGAUGUGUCAAGGAUGAAGUAUAUUUUUGAAAACCAAACAGCCGAUAUCAUGACGUCUACAUCUGAGGAAGUGAUGCAAACGCUCAAGAGAGUUCAGACUGAGGAUAUUCAAAAAGGGAAUGUGGGGAACUGCAAAUGGCUCUUUGAAAACCAAUCCAUUGAUACGAUACAUGAUAGCCAAGAGGAAUCUUUGAGCAGCCGAACAGUGAACGAUGUACAAGGAGGAGAUGUAGAUAAGGGCCGUUUAAUUUUUGAGACAUGCUCCUUGGAUAAAAUCCACGAGGUCUCCUCAGAGACAGACACAGAGCUGAUGAAAAUGCAAAAAAUAAUUUGUGAUGAAGAUGAGAAGGGCGAUGUGAGAAAUUACACCAUGAUGUUUGAAACUCAGCCCCUGUAUGCAAUUCAGGACAAAGAGGGCUAUUACCACGAGGUCACUACUGUCACCAGUGAGGAGGUAACACGAGGAGAUGUAGUGGGAACUCGUUGGCUGUUUGAAACCAAGCCUCUUGAUGCCAUUAAGGACACAGAUGAGGUUUAUAUAAUCAAAUCUGUCACACAGCAGGAUGUGCAAAAAGGAGAUGUCACCUCCGCUAAGUGGAAAUUUGAGACGCAACCUCUCGAUAGGAUUGCUGAAGAAAAGAAGGCUUUAAUUAAAACGGUUGACGAUAUUCAAGGAGGCAACGUUUGGAUGAAUAAACAUCGUUUUGAGUCUGAUACCCUUUCACAGGAAUCUGUUCGAACGGUUAAUGUGAGUGAAAUACAAAAAGGUGAUGUUAGGACUGCGAAAUGGAGAUUUGAAACCCAGUCCAUCGAUAAAAUAAGAAGCAUGAGCUCUGAAAAUCUAAUUGAAACAGUUAAAAAGGAGGAGGUUGCAAAGGGAGAUGUUAAACAUUCAGUCUGGCUCUUUGAGGAAAAUCCUCUUGACCACAUUAAAGAGGUUGAUGAGGAUGAGGAUACAACCAUUACUCAAGAGGAGAUUCCCAAAGCAGAUGUAAAGACAACAACAUGGCUCUUUGAAACAACACCAUUUGAUGACUUUAAUGAGACAAAAACGGAGAAGACUGAAAUCCUGGGCAAGAGUGUCAAGGGAACGCUUGAGGAGCUUUAUAGUCAGAAAAUGGUGAAGUCGAAGGGAGUACUCAUUGAAGCUGAUGAAAUUGGCGAUGUUAGGAUGGCAAAAUACCAGUUAAUGAAUAAGCAGGCUCCGGAGAUUCAACGAGAGGAAGUCAUCAGGGGAGAUCUGCAGACUAUUAUGAUGAACCUACUGAACAGACAGGAAAGAAAUGAGCGGCAGAUAGUUAUAGAUUCAGAGGAGAAGGGUAAUAUCACCUCAACAGUGCAGCAGCUAUUCAACCAAGAGAGAGACAGCAGUAUUGAAAGGGAGGAAAUAUUACAAGGUGAUAUUCAGGAAGCUAUAAACAAUCUUUUCAAUGGGGACGGUUCAGCGAAACAUGGAAUACUUAUCCAGGAGGAUGAAAAAGGAGACGUACGGAUGACACUAUAUUCCCUUCUCAACAAGCAGGAGAAUGUUAAUGUUGAAAAAGAAGACAUUGUAAGAGGGGACAUAAAGAGUGCUCUUCAAAGACUGUCCGGCUCAGAUAAGACCGAUCAGACAGUGAAGAUAAAGGUAGAUGACACUGAAAAAGGAAAUGUCAACUUUUACUCCACAUGCAUUGAAUCUGGGGCACUCGACUAUCUUAAACAGCUCCAUUUAGAACCUGAUGAGACUUCACCUGACACGGCAGAAAAAGAGAAGAUUGUUGGCGGUGACAUCAAGGGCACAAAACUUAUCCUCGGUCGUAAUCAAACGCAAAUUGAGCGAACAGUCGAGGAUGUUAUACCCGGUGACGUUCACAAUACAGUUAAAGUUUUCAUGUCAGAGCCAAGUCUCUCAUUAGAGGGACUCCAAAAGGAGGAGAUAGUCAAAGGUGAUUUAAGAGCUGCUUUGAAUUCAUUGUCUGAAUCAGUGAAUCAGACAGUUGUUGUGGAGAAAGAGGAGGUAGUGAAAGGCAACAUACCGAAAGCGCUGCAGUGUCUCAAGAAGGCUCAGAAGCAGUACAAGGAGGUGGAGAAGCCAGAUAUCAUACCAGGAAAUAUCAAAGGGGCUCUGAGAUCUCUUGAGAAAUCUGCAACAUCCAAAGCUGACAUUGUUGUCGAGGAUUUAGUUGCUGGAGAUGUGAGGGCCACGCUAAAAUCUCUGGAGCUGGCAAAGCAAGCGGUGAGGGAAGUUGAAAAGGAGGAAAUAGUGAAGGGUGAUAUUCACACAGCAUUGCAAAACCUGCAAGAUGCCUCCAGUGAAAGGAGAAUGUGUCAGCAGGAAAUAGAUGUGCAGGGAGACGUCAGAGGAACAAUUCAGCUCUUAAUGGAGCCUCCACCGUCACCGAGGAUGCAAAGGAGCCCAAGCCUUGAGGGUGACGUAAAGGGUGAUGUCAAGAUGUCAAUUAAGUCAUUAUAUGAGACACAGGAGCAAACCCAGCUGGAGAAAGAAGAAGUGAUAAAGGGUGAUGUUAAAGGCACUAUUAAAUCGCUGUUGAAGACAGCACAGCGUGAAACUCCCAAAGUCAGGCUGGGAGCAUACAGAAGAGUUCGAGUCAAGCAGAGCCCUCCAGUUAAAAACCUGAAUCUUGAUGCACAGAGGAACAUACAAAAGAUAAAAACAGCUAAUUUAGUUGAAACAUCAAAAGAAAAUCAUUCCCUCUGUAAUGAAACUGAAACUGUUGCAGCAAAGUCAUGUACUGUGGAGCAGUCUGUUCAGCAAUCAACAACUGUGGUGGAACAUAAAACUAUUACCCAAAACCACGGCAUCAAAACAGUAAAGACAGAGUUUCGUAAUCUCAAGUCCAAACCAAAGGGAAUGAUAAAACAUGAUAAAACCAAAGUGAAAACUGAUGUUUACGUCUUAAAACCACAAGUGCCCGAGCCUGAUUUGCCUCUCCCACCUCCACCUCCACCAGUGGAAGACACUGACCUUCCUCCUCCUCCUCCCACUCCACCUCCUCCUCCUCCUCCCUCUGUUGAUUCUGACAUUGAUCACCUUCCUCCUCCGCCACCACCACUCACCAGUGAGCAGGACUUCCUCCCACCUCCUCCAUCUGAACAAGAACUGGAGAGUAUGCCAGCACAGGCAAUUCAUCCUUCACCAGCAAAAGCGAAAAAGAUGACAGUGAAAAAAGUGAAAGCUCCGGCAUUACACCCAGUCCCGAAGCUGGAGCAUAAAGUUGACUUCAGUAAAACACAAAAGGUGGAGGUAACAUCAGAGAAAGUGGUAGAAAUGAGCCAGAACCAAUCGAAAACAACAACACAUACAUCAAAGACUGUUUCAUGUGAAAUCCCUCCACUGCCUGAGUCUCCACAACCAUUAAGGAAAGUUUACAUCUCUCCUGUGAAAUUCACCCCUCCGUCCUCUCCUCCUCCCUUCAUGAGAGGUAAAAUGAGCAAAUUUAACACUGCUUUGAUAAAAGCGGAAGAAAACUAUCGGAAGCUGAAGGAGGAAAACACACCCCCCACCACUCCAACUCCCAAUUACAUACAUGACUCAGUUACCGCGGCUUUUGAAAUGCUUUCCACCAAAGACAUAGAGCAGUCAAAUAACAUUACAUCAGAAAUCACAGAGCAGGGAAGUGAAAAGAAUCUUCAUUCAGACUUACUACCUUGUGAUUUAUCCAAGCAUGUUGUUAAUACCACUCAUGGCAAUAACUGCAUCAGUCAUGAGAAAAUACUCACCGAUUCUAUGAUUAUAUCUGAUGCUCAACAGCAAAUUGUCUCUAAUGAGACUUCUAAGGUUGUCUCCAUUCAAAAGACUUCAUCUGUCUCAGCUGUUCGACAGAUGCAGACAACAACAGAGAAAACAGUUUCUGUUUCCUCCCAACAGUCUGCUGCGUCUGUCAUUGCUGACAAAGUCCAGACCCUAAACACUGAUGUUGCAAAAGCAGAAAACGUGACUGCUGAUAUAAAGAAAAACGCUAAAAAUCAGAAAACAAAGGGCUCCAACAAAUCUGAAGAUAAAAAGAAAGACGAAAUGCAUUCUGAUAAAAUCCCUGUUCAAGUAGUGAAACCUGAAUCUGCUGUCACAACUGAGGAGAAUGUAAAAUCAAGCAAAUCACAAUCUGAGAACAGAAAGACAAAGGAUAAUACAACACCCGAAUUAACCAGAAAAAAAGAAAAUGUGACUUCAGACAAAGAUGUAAAGGAGUCCAAAUCACCACAGCGUGAUAACAAAAAGAAAAAUGAUCAUUCUCCUGCCAAGAGCCAUGAGAAGGUUUCUGAUAAGCCAACGCAAAUAGAAAAGGAAGCUGCCAAUACAAAUGGAAAAACAGGCAAAUCAAACCAAAGGGUGAAAAAGAAUAAACAGGAAAAGCAAGCAGAGGCAAAAAUGUCCAGUGAGAAUGAGAAACAGAGUGUUUCAAAAGAUCUGAAGGUGGAAGUGAUGGAAGCUACUGAAGUGAAAGUGAUCAGUGAACCUAAAGAAGUAAAGACAGAGUUAAAACAGGGGAUUAAGAAAGUUACUCCCUCUCCUGCUACUGCCUCAGCACCUGCUGUUACUGAGAUCAUAACUGACAGCCAAGUAGAAACUCCAACUCCCACAAAGAAGAAAAAGAAGUCCAAAAAGUCUAAAGGGGGUGCACAGCCAGGUCAAGCUAAAGGUACUUCCACAGAAUCAAAGGCAGAAGCUACAGAAACCAAGACAGUAACGUCUGAGAAAUCCCAUCAAACUCAGGAAACAAUUGCAGUUUCUCAAAUUCACAAAAGUAUAAAAGAAGAAUACGUUCAAGUCAAGAGAGAGGUCAUUACCACAGAAGGCAAAGACCAUCAGAAUUCCCAGCAACAAAGAGGAGUUCAAAAGCAUGUGAAGGCAUCUCACAAGAAGAAAGGAAUGGCAGCUAUUCAGCAGAGCACAGAGGAACCAACAGAAGAAAGUAGGGAUGUUCCAAUUACAGUGACAGGCGAGUCAGAACAAAAUCAGCUGGCUAAACUAAUGCAUAUAGAAGAUAAUGAGACUGUGGAGAAGCAUGAAUGUGAGGCAGUUUCUGAGAAAGGCAUCUCUGGUGGGGCAACACCAAGAAUAUCCAAGAUCAGUAUUGGUUCUGCCCGAGUUGAGAACCAAAUAAAGAAAAAGACCUCUCAGGAAAGAAGGAAGGAUGAAGUGAGUCAGUGCAAGUCUGUUGACCUUCGUGCUCCCUCGCCAUCACUGAGGAUGCGUUCGCCAUCGCCGACAUUUAUCACCAUCGAGUCCACACGAAGAACUGACUCGCCCCAGAGGGUAACUCCAUCACCUACCCUGCUGCACAGGCCGCCCACCCCUCCCACGCCACCGCCACGCAGGUGUGACACCCCGACAUCACGCCUCACUAGAAUCACACCUUCUCCAACUUUUGACCGAGCAGAAAAUUUGGCACGACUGAAAGACACGACAGCCAAGCUCUCACGUGGCGUCACCCCACCGCCCCUUCUUCCUCCCCAGCAGAUCUCAGAAAAGAAAUCAGGGAUUGUGGAAUCGCCUGCAUCAUUCCAUCGGCAAAUCAAAAUCACAUCCCAAGUUGUGGAGGCUUCAGAGACGUCACUUGCAACAGAAAAAGACAAAAACAGUUCAUCUGAGGAGGCCCAGCAGACACAUGUAGGAGAAGAUCAAGCUAAUGUUUCUGAAAGUUUGAAUGCAAAUGAAAUACAAAGGAAGUCUGAGACCCACACGCCAUUGUGUCAGAAUGACCCAGAUAUUGUUGACGCUUCAGAUGUUUCAGAGCGAUCAUCUGCAUCUGUCAAGGAAAAGAGAGAAUUUUUUGAAGAGGCACAAAAGGCUGAAAUUAAUAAGACCUAUGUGCGAAAGGAGCCCAUUGCUAUCCCUGAACGACUGGGCCCAGACAUGGAGGAGUGUGAGGAAGAAAAUAAGAACAAAGAAAAGAAUGAGGUUCCCAGGGCAGACUUGUCUAGUCUUGUAAACAAAUUUGAAUCACCAGAAGAGAAAAUAUAUAUCAGAAAAGAGCUUAUCCCACUUACAGAGUGGCUUCAUGAUGACGCUGAAAGCACAGAUUGUGACAAAGAGAAAGUAGACAUCAGGGAGCAGGGAAUGCCAACUUUUGACAUUCAGGCUAUUAAAAAUGUUUUUGAACUGGGUGAGCAAAGUUCCUUAUUCAGAGAGGAGAAAAAGGAUCAGGAGGAGCCUGUGUCAAGCCUGAGUGAAACAACAGCAGACACUUCAAAGCGGGAAAGUCCUCAAGAGACAAAGGGAGGCUCACGGCAGAGCACCCCCCUCCCUUUGCAGAAAAAUGAGCUAGAAACUGUGCCAGCAGAACCAGCAGCCUUCUCUGAAACCAAAUCAAUCACAGAACAUUUCUCAAAUGUUGAUGAGUUUGGUAACAAGGUCACUGGAACAAGGACAGCUGUCACUGAGCACUCUGAGAGUGUGUCAACCAAGCAGGCUCCUUUUUCCUAUGCUGAUGCAGUCAAAAGAAAAGCUGCAGAAGUGAAGCGAGCAGAAACAUAUGAUGAAGAUUCUACCGAGAAGCUGCUGAGGAAUUUCCACAAAACGUGGACAGAGAGUGAGACAGUUUUCAAAAGUCUUGGCUACACCAUUUCUGAAGAGACGACAUCACAAGUUGUGUCGCAUCAGACAAAGAUUGUCUCAUCUGGUGCGAGUUCCGAAGUCGGAGCUCUGCACAGUAUGUCGGAGGAGGGCUUAUCCGAUGGAUGCUCUGAUAGUGGACAAAAAAAAGUACCAUAA